AUGAUUACGAUGAAAUUGCCGCCUUUCUUCGCCAUCUUACUCUUGCUGCUGUGUACGUCGCCGUUUUGGGGCAAUGCGCCGGUGACGGAGGCGAUAUGGUUGAAUCUCCCGCCGUCGGGGACGAAAUGCGUCUCCGAGGAACUCCACAACAACGUCGUCGUUCUCGCCGACUACGUCGUCGUUUCCGAUGAUCAUUCUCACACCCCCGCUAUCUCCGUCAAGGUGUCAUCUCCAUAUGGGAACAACCUCCAUCACAAGGAGAAUGCUACACAUGGUCAAUUUGCAUUUACCACUCAGGAGGCUGGCAAUUACCUUGCUUGUUUUUGGGCAGAUGCGCAUAACCAAGGAAAGGGAGAUGUGAGUGUUAACCUUGACUGGAAAACAGGAAUUGCAGCAAAGGAUUGGGAUACAGUUGCCAAAAAGGAGAAAAUUGAGGGUGUUGAACUAGAGUUGGCGAAACUCCAAGGAGCUGUGGAAGCUAUCCAUGAGAACUUGCUUUAUCUCAAGAGCAGGGAAUCAGAGAUGAGGAUUGUGAGUGAGAAAACGAACUCUAAAGUAGCUUGGUUCAGUAUCAUGUCUUUGGGUGUCUGCAUCAGUGUUUCGAUUCUCCAACUUUGGCACUUGAAGCGAUUCUUCCAGAAGAAGAAGCUCAUCUAA